CCACUUAAACCGAGGCCUGAGCAAGUGCUGUGGCUCCUUGGCUCCUGAGGAGGAGCCGGUAUCUGCCUCCCAAAUGGAAGAUGAGGAGGAGGAGAUGGAUUUGGAUCCAGAUCUAACCCCAGACCCGGAGGAGGAGGAAGAGGAGGAUGAGGAAGAGAGUGAUCUCGGGGAUCCAGCUGUCCUCAAUGCUGUCCACAGCACCCAGAGAGGUCUUCUCAACUCCCCUGGAAUCGAGGCCUCUGGUGUGUUGGGGAUGUCACCUGCUUCCUUGCACUUUCUGUGGCAGACGCUGGACUACCUCUCUCCUGUUCCUUUCCGGACUACCUUUUCCAGUGCCAGUUCUCCAGCACGACACUUUGGACCUCGGCUUCUCCUACCAGACCCAACUCUCUUCUGCAGCCCACCAACCUCAUGGCCCCCUAGUUUCAGUCAUCUGACCCAGCUCCACCCUCAGCACCAACGGAUCUUGCAGCUGCAGCAACAUAGUCGAACACCAAGUCCCCCAGCCAAGAAGCCUUGGUCUCAGCAGCCAGACCCUUAUGUUAACCUCAUGACCCGAAAAGAGAAAGACUGGGUGAUAAAAGUACAGAUGGUUCAGCUGCAGAGUGAGAACCCCUGCCUGGAUGACUAUUACUACCAGGAAUAUUAUCAGAAACUAGAAAAGAAGCAGACAGAGGAAGAACUACUUGGGCGAAGGACCAAGGUUGAAUCCCUCAAGCUGGUAACACCUUACAUUCAGAAGGCGGAGGCUUAUGAGUCAGUGGUUCGAAUCGAGGGUUCCCUGGGCCAGGUAGCUGUAUCAACAUGUUUUAGCCCUCGUCGAGCUAUUGAUGCUGUACCCCAUGGAUCUCAAGAGCAGGAGAUGGUAGCUGCAAGCAGUCAGAGGCUUCAGGUGUUGUCCCGGAUUGAGAAGAUGUUCAUUCAGUUACUGGAGCUAGAACAGGGCCAGAAGGAUGGGCCUCAACAGCCCUGCUACUCCCAACACCAGGGCAACCAGGUUGAGAAGCUCUUCCAGGCCUUAAAGACCCAGGAGCAGAAUAAUCUGGAGGAGGCAGCAGAUGGCUUCCUGCAGGUGCUCUCCGUGAGGAAGGGGAAAGCUCUGGUGGCAAGGCUGCUCCCUUUCCUGCCCCAGGAUCAAGCUGUUAGCAUUCUUCUAGCUAUCACCCACCAUUUGCCCCUCCUAGUCAGAUGGGAUGUUGCCGAUCAGGCCCUACAAAUGUUAUUCAAACCUCUGGGCAAAUGUAUCAGUUACUUGACCUUCCAUGAACUCCUCCAAGGACUUCAGGGGCUAAUGCUGUUUCCGCCUGGCUCCUCAGAGCGACCAGUCACUGUGAUCCUUCAGAACCAGUUUGGAAUUUCUUUGCUCUAUGCCUUGCUGAGUCAUGGGGAGCAGCUGGUAUCCCUGGAGUCUUCUCUUAAGGAGUCAAAUAGUGAUAAUUCAGCUUGGACAGACAUGGUGGUUCUGAUUGCCUGGGAGAUCGCCCAUAUGCCGACAGCCUCUCUGGCAGAACCCUUAGCCUUCCCCAGCAACCUUCUUCCUCUGUUUUGUCACCAUGUGGACAAACAACUGGUACAGCAGCUAGGGGAGAGGAUGGAGCGAGAAAUGCAAUCAGCCAAGACAGCUCAGCUGUCUAUGCCGGAGUCACGAGACAGCAAGCGAGGCGGCUACACUGCGCAUGCCCAGGACGCAGAUCGGCUCAGGUGA